CUAGCAGACGACAUUUCUGAGACUUUCAGUUUAUAGACAAUGGCUGAUCAAUCCUUCUAUAAAGACUUGAAGGGCGAUAAAAAUAAUUUGGCCUUUCCGUAUAUGUAUUUCAAAAAUGUUGCUAGGCAUCAGCGAAUGAAAGGUGUGCUAGGAGUUCAAAAUUUUUCCAAGGGAUCUAGUUUGAAAAAAUCUAAAAAGCACAGAUAUUUUGGAAAAAAUGCAUUAAAAAGAUUAACAAAAAUUGCCAUUACCGAACCUCCCCAGCCACUGCUUACUGAAACAAAUCCUUUGGGUAUUUAUGAUUCAAGCACUGCCUCGUACAUAGAAGGCAAAAAAGCUGGAAAAACCAAUGACGAACAAACUCUAGGCGGAAAAGAAUUUGAGAUUCCACGUCAAACUGCACUGUUUAAUGAGAAGCUUCGAGAAAAUCCUCAUGAUGUGAAUCUAUGGCUUUCUUUUAUUGAACAUCAAAAUGCUGCCUCCUUAUUGAUGGAAAACGAUUCUGAUAGCAGCCAAAGCCAGCAUAAAAAAUCGGGAAGAAACCUACACCGAAGAGCUCUGUUGGAACGUAAAAUUGCAAUUCUUGACAAAGCGAUUAAGCACAACCCAAAGAGUGUGAAAUUAUUAACGGCUCGUUUAAAUGUUGCCGCCGAAUACUGGGACGUUCCCACCUUGCACCAGGAAUGGCGAAACGUACUCUUUCUGAAUCCUGUAUCAAUUGAACUAUGGAAUGAGUACCAGAAUUUUAUAGAAAAUAAUUUUGAAGGAUUUAGUGUUGCGUUGGCUUUGAAGACGUACGCUUCAUGCUUUCAGAAACUUCUGCAAAUGCAGCACCCAUCGUUUGCUUCUCAUCAACGACCUGCUCAUUUAGAAGAGUUUAUCAUUGAUAUUGCGACACGGUUGUGCUCAUUUCUUCGGCAGUGUGGCUGGACUGAAAAAUCAGUUUCAUUGAAUCAAGCACUUCUUGAGUUAUGCUUUAAGCGGCCAAAUGAUGUUUCUUCACCACUAACUUGGUUGGAAGCCUUGUGGGAAGCUCGUGUUCCAAGAAUGGGUGAAGUAGACUUCACUGAGAGUGGGGCACCUAGAGAACGUGCUGUUCAUGGGAUAGAUGCGCUAGAAGCUGAAGACGAGAUUAUAACCUCCAAUCAAUCUUUUCCUAUAAUUUGGCAUCGAAUCGAGUGCUUGCGAUCUCGUGAACAUUUUCAAGCUUGCUCAAGUAGCACUGACUGUGAUGACGAAGACCGAUUUGUUUCUUUCACCGAUCUAUCUCCAUACCUUUUCAUCUGCGAGAAAAAGUAUCAUUUACAAUUUCGUCUGUUGUUUGGAUGCCUCGUAUCCCUUGGUAUUCCUCUUCUACCUGCAAGCCAGGCUCAAUUGUUCUGGGCCCCUCAUUUUCUCGAAGAUAACCUCCUUCGCUGUCUUGUGAAUGUUCCAAAAAUUGCCUCGUUAUCGAGUUCUCAACCAGACAUAGUGAACAAUAUGUCCUAUUUGACAUUCCUGCGACGUAUCGUUCUUCAGACUUACAGACUGAUAAAGCAACCGUAUCAACUGGAACUAGCUCUAUGGUGGUUAGAUGUCGAAAGAGUACGAAUAGGUGCCAUCGCUCGAUCGUCGACCCAAGCCGAAUGCAAAAAUCGAUGGAAAGAGGCUAAAACUUGGAUAAAGGCCUUCUUAAAAGACGUUUCGAGCAGUGAUUCUGUCACCACUGUGUUGCUUUAUAAUGGAUACGCGGCACUGGAGCUUGAAAUGGGAAACGAAGAAGAAUACCGAAAGAUCUUAACUCAACUGAUGAAAAUAUACAGUGAUAAUCCUUUGCUCGUGGAACAAGAAAAAAAUCCAGGACUAAGAGCUGCUUUGAUCCGAAUAUGGUUCUCGUACGCCCGGUCGUUGCUUCGAUGUAAGAACCGGGAGAAAUCAGACCAACCAACAGCUUUGGCACACCUGGUUGCUCUAGGGGCCGGAUCGACAUUCUCUGACCGUUGCACUUAUACCCCUGCAAUGUUAUUGAAAGCCAAAAGAAAAUACCAGACUGUGCUUCAACAGAUGAAUGAGAGCAUCGUGGAUAAAGUGUCAGGAAAUCUAACUUUCUUGCAUCCAGACGAGCUGGUUGAGCUUCUUGGCUGUUAUUCAUAUUUCUUAUCUUUAACGGACGGUUGUCGAUCUGCCUUUCACAUGGUUGAACAAUGGCUAGUUUCAUCACAGAAAAAAGAUCUUCAUUUUACCGCUGAAAUGCGAUACAAUAUUGAAUUCCUAAGAUACCAUACCCGGCGAGAAUGCGUUUACGUUAAUCUACUUGAAUUGUCGUCGGCGGCCCGAGAAUGGGCAAAAGAUAUUCAACCUCGUUUAUUCCACGACACGUUAUGUACUGCACUGGCUGAAUACCCAGACAGUAUGCAGCUAUUAACUGUUUUGAUUAAUUCGGAAGAACGGUGCAGCAUGUUUAGUGGCUUAUGGAAUAGUUUGACAAUGCGUGCGAAAGCUACGAAGAGUAAAUCUGGAAGUUUAGCAGCUUUAGCCGCUUGCUUAGCCCUUGCAAACCGAGAAGAAACCGUCAAAAAAGGAGAGGAAACAACAUUCAAAGAAUUGCCUGGUUGCUCAGGGGGAACAGCGACACUUUAUAUCAGUUAUCGGCGAAAAAUGGAGCAUCUGGCAGAAUACUGUGUUUCGCAAUAUCCAGGACGUCAUGUUGCUCUUCUUUGGAGAAUUUUGAUGCAUAGUGCGCACGUGGCUGGCAAUCCGCAGAGAUGCAAAGAAUUAUUUUACCGUGCCAUACGAGAUUGUCCUACUUCCAAGGAUAUUUGCAUGGAUAUAAUGGAGUAUGCGCCAUCUUCUUUAAAGGAAGUGACAAAGUUAAUGACCGAAAAAGAUUUACGCCUCCGAUUUCCUCUUGAAGAGCUUGAGCUUCUGCUCGAAACGGAAAGAGAAGAAAACGCUGAUGGAUUAUGUCAAGUCCAAAUUGGUAAUAAGGAUGAUUCGCGUGUUGACGCAAUAGCUGCCGAAGCACUUACAUCGUUAUCGUCGGAAAGUGAAGAUAAUUUCAGCGAAGAUUUUCAGCACGAUAGUGAGGAAGACUGAUCUAACGUGUAUUUAGUAUUACGCUAUUGUGGAAAUGUUUUGAUACUGUUCGUUGUAAUAAAAAAAAUUUCUGUCGAACUUCUGGAUUGCUAGUUUGGCUGAUCUAAAA